AGAGCCCAAAAGCUCAUUAGGGAAUUGUGCACUGCGUUGCCAACCAUUGAUGAUGGUGAUAUUUCCAGGGUCACAGACGAAUGGAAACUGUACAGGGCUGAGGAUAUAAAGGAAGAUCAGAUCUACAGAGAAGGCAAUUUGGUACGAAUAGAUCACUUCUGGAAUUAUGUCUUAAGUUUGAAGAAUGCUAAUGGAGAGCUAAAGUAUUCAUAUUUAAGGAAAGUAGUACUUACGUGUCUGUGCAUUCCCCAUGGUAAUGCCGAAGUGGAAAGAAGCCUGUCAGUUAAUAAGAAGCUUGUUACUGCAGAAAGAUCACUACUGUCGGAGGAAUCAGUAAAUGGACUAAGACUUACCAGGGAUGCAGUGUCUAUGUACAAAACAAUUGCAGAUGUGCCUGUAACAAAGGAAUUACUGAGAAGUGUAAAGCAAGCUCACAAGAGAUACACAGCGAGAGUAGAGGCAGAAAAAUCAGAAGCUCUGUUAUUGGAUAGAAAAAGAAAGGAAGAGGCUCAACAGCAGGAAAUGGAGAAGAAAGCUCUUGAAGAGCAGAAAGACAAGAAAAGAAAGCUUGAUGAUAAAGAAAAGAAGGUUAAGAAGAAUGAAUUGGAGAUGAAGGCUGACAUGGAUAAGGCAAAGCAGAUUUUU